AUGGUGAACAAUACAGAGUAUCCAAACUUGGCGUUUUUCUACAUACUUCGUGGCAUUCCAGGGACAAUCUACGUCUAUCCAGGCAGCAAGUAUCCAAAAAUCAUCUGUGAAGGUCACGAUUACGGCAUACACAUAAAAUACGCCUCAAGGACAACAUGGAGAUGCACUUCUUACUCCAAGUGCAAAUGUCCUGCAAAGCUGGUCACUAAGCAGGGAAUCGUGGAGAUACACGGAGAGCACAACCACGAGAACCUGAUGCAGAUACCGAAAAAUAUUAAAGCGCAGAAAGUCACUAUUGUAAGGAUGUAA